AUGUCUUAUGAUCGGUAUUUAGCGAUAUGUAAACCCCUGCACUAUUCAGCUCUUAUGAAUAUCAGGUUUUGCGUCCAGUUGACUGCUCGGUCAUGGCUAAAUGGUUGUUUAGCUGUAAUUAUCUUAGUCUCAUUCCUAUCACAGUUAUUAUUCUGUGGCCCAAAUGAAAUUGACCAUUUCUAUUGUGAUCCCAUCCCACUAAUGGAACUUUCCUGCAGUGACACCCACCUGGUCAUAUUCCUGGCUUUCAUAAUAGCUUCCAUAUUCACCCUGCCUCCACUCCUACUAACCCUGACAUUCUACAUGUGCAUCAUCUCUACCAUCCUGAGAAUCCCUUCCACCACUGGGAGACAAAAGGCCUUUUCCACCUGCUCCUCUCACCUGAUUGUGGUGACAAUUUUCUAUGGAUCCAUAAUGAUUGUGUACCUGCUACCGAAACGUGAUACACUGAGAGACCUGAACAAAGUGCUCUCUCUUUGCUACACAGUCCUGACUCCGCUGGUAAACCCCCUCAUCUACAGCCUGAGAAACAGAGAGGUCAAGGAAGCCUUGUGCAAAAGAGUCAGUAAAUGGACUUUCACCAAAACGUGCAGAUACACGUACAUAAUAAUUCACCAAAAUGUGCAGAUACACCUACAUAAUAAUGUAACUUGA